CCCAAUCAUUGGCUACAAGUCAAAAGGCAGCGUUGCGUAAUCCGGAGAGGAACUACUACUAUAAACUUGCUUUGAAUCAGUAAACUUAACCAUCUCCCUACCUUGACAACGAAAUGCGGAGGACAUAACUAAAAUCUGUUCGACGUGCUCAUGAUACAACUGUGCUACCUCAACCACAAAUGCAUUUGUCCUUAGUCUCCCUGGCCAAGGUACGGGAAUCAUAUUGUAAGAUGUGAGCUCAGUGUACUGUGUGUGUGUGUGCGUGCACCAGACUGCUAAUGGGAACCAUAUGAAGCCCGAUUGUUGCUUAGUCAUGGACCAAAGAUUAGGUAGGAGGGAUGUUAGGGUGGACAUACCAUUGGUUGUUAGAGAAUGCAGAGGCUAAGAGACCUUAGAAAAAAGUUCUUGCAAAAUAUGAUUGUCUAGCUGCGAGAGGGGAGUAGAGCUCGAAAAGCUAUGGCAGCCAAUACUAAGGUGAAACCACUGGAAAUAAAUGCGCUCUACAAAGAGAAAUGUGGUAUAUUUUCAAAUGGACUCAGCUUUUUCUGUUUUUCCAUGCAGCCAGUUCUUCAUGGUUACUUCAGAAGCUCCUGCUCCUGGAGGGUUCGCAUUGGUAAGUCACAUCACAGACCCUUUUCUGCUGAUCUGUGAAAACAUUUACAUGUCACUUAGAUGAUAUUAAACUUCUUUGUGCUUCAGCUUUUGCUCUCAAGGGUAUUGAAUAUGACCAGGUUACAGUCAAUCUAAUCAAAGACGGAGGCCAGCAGGUACAGAGGACUACAGAUUCACAUGAUCUGAAUCAAUGCAAAAACGACUGUGCAUGACCCAUUUGAUCAUACUAAUAUUGUGCACCACAAUCCAUGGAUUUAUCCAUGUGCCUUUUAUGAAUUAGUAGUCUCACAAGAACUGUCUUUGUGCGCAAGCGUACCCAGGAGUUUCAGUCAGUAAACCCCAUGCAACAAGUGCCUGCAGUUGAAAUUGAUGGCAUCACCCUCUGUCAGUCAGUAAGUCCCUUACACAUUUCCUCACUUUAAAUCCUGAGUGAAAAAACUGAAAUGUCAUCGAAAAAGAUUGUUUUUUUUUUUUUACUUACAUAGCUGGCUGUGAUCCAGUAUGUUGAUGAGACCAGACCAGGGGCUAAGCUUCUCCCAGCAGACCCCAAGAAGCGUGCCCAGGUUCGCAUGAUAAGCGACCUCAUUGCCUCUGGAAUUCAGCCCCUGCAGGUGAGAACAGCACUGCUCAAAUGUAAAUGUAAAUGUUUUUUACUUAUACAACCCUUUACAACAACCCUUACGGUGAACGAAAGUGCUUUACAAUAGAAAAUAAAAAUUAACCAUAAAAAAUAAUAAAAUACAAUGCAAUGCAAUAAAGUGUCACCACGCUACUAGGUAUUAAAGCCAGCAUAAAUAAGUAUGUUUUCAAUCGAGAUUUGAAAAGGCCCAGGUCGGAAAUAAGUCUCAUUUUGGUGGGGAGCUUAUUCCAGAGCCUGGGACCAGCAACUAAAAAGGCUCAGUCACCCCAGUGCUUGUGUUUGACCUGGGCACCAAGUUGAUUUGAUGACCUCAGAGCUCUACCCAGCUCCCGAACGGUUAAAAGCUCAGUUAAAUAGAUGGGGGCAAGUUAAGAGCUUUAAAAAACAAACAUUAAAAGUUUAAAAUCAAUCCUAAAAGAGACAGGAAGCCAAAAAAGGGAGCUAAGGACAGGAGUGAUGUGCUCACGUCUGUUAGUGUUAGUUAAAAGAUGGGCAGCAGCACUUUGGGCAAGUUGAAGGCGACUAAGAGAUGAUUGGGAGAUGCCAACUUAGGCCAUUGUUUGACAACACAAUCAGGCGUGGAAAGCAAUGGCGGACGAGGGAACGGAGAACAGCCAAUUGUGCGCAUGCGGGUCACUUCAUGGACGCUUUUCAUUUACAUUAGAUGCCGCAUUUGUUUUUGUAAUGUGAACGACCACUCAAAAAGAUCGGAUUUAACAAAAAAUCUGAAUUGUGCAUCAUAACUUGUUGUGUGAACGUAGCCAUAAAGUGCAUUACAAUAGUCUAAUCUCGAACUGGUUAGAGCAUGGAUGGCUCUCUCAAGGUUGUGACGGCUUAAAAACAUGAUUACAAAGUCAACUUUUUUGACUUGAUAAACUUUUGUUUUCCAGAAUUUAUAUGUGAUUCAGAAAAUAGGAGCAGACAAGGUGCAGUGGUCCCAGCACUUCAUUGAUCGUGGUUUUAAAGGUUGGUAAAGGCUCUUCACUGGUACCUCACAUUAUACGUUAUUCUUAAUUAUUUGAAAAUUGAUCAGUUACACAUAUGGACUUUUCUCUUCCAGCUCUUGAACCCAUUCUGAAGCAAACAGCAGGGAAAUACUGUGUAGGGGAUGAGGUAAGAGCGUGACUUUCCCAAUCAAGCAUGACAACAGUGUAAAACAAUAUUCAUUUCAUCUGGAUUGUUUUUUUUUUUUUUUUUUUUUUUUAAGAUAUCCAUGGCAGACAUUUGCUUGGUCCCACAAGUCUACAAUGCAGAGAGGUAUGUAACCAGACAGUUAAAAAACCCUAUAACAUAAACAGCCAACAUGUUCAUGCUACACUCAAGACCCUGCUUUACAUCAAAGUCCUGUUAUAAAGAAGUCCUUAUCCUUUUUCUCUAUCCUUUACAGGUUCAAAGUCAACAUGGAUCAGUAUCCAACCAUCAAAAGAUUGAAUCAAACCUUACUUGAAAUUGAGGCAUUCAAAGUGAGCCACCCAUCUAACCAACCGGACACACCUGCUGACAUGAGUGCAUAGCACCCGACAUCAUCAAACAUGCAGCUUUGUACGUUUAAAAGCCUUUUAUUAAACACAUUUGGUUUCAGUUUGAGUCUAAAGAUUUAUGAGCAUUUGCCUUUAUCCAUUCUACCAAGCCCAGCACUAUAUCUUCAAAUACACUGAUAUUGGGAUCAGGUUUAAGGUCAUCAACUAAUGUGUAAAACACUCACAACAGAUUUGUUAUUCAAAUUUUAAAGCCACUCAUUUUACUGUUUGCCGCACAUUACCUCUGUCACGGAAUAAUGAGUGCUUAUUUAACCCACAAAAAAAUCAUGACAAAAUACAAAACAUGAAAACAACUACAGAAAAAUCAACAGUUUGACAAGUUUACACAGGACAGGUUACAGUACAUAAAAAAAUAAAAAAAAAGGUAAAAACAUUCGCACUCUUUGAAUUUUUCCUCCAUAAAUCCAUCAUUUAAUCGCCAGGAAUUUCUACUGUGCACUUCACUGUGUCAUUGUAGAAGUUACCAGAGCAGUCCGACCCACCAAACACCAGCAAGCGGCAUUUUAGAGGGAGACUUUUGCCCUGUUCCCGUUUCUUAGCAUCUGCUGGGAUAGAGCAGUCCAAAUGAAUCAUGCUGUGUCCCGCACGAGGCUUGGAGCAGAGUAGAGGAUGCACCACUGAGCUCCACAUGUUGGUGUCUGAGAACAAGGAGAGAAGAAAAUACAACUUAAUCUUGCACUUUUAAGAACAUGGGUUUACAAAUGUUUUUCAUACAACACAAUCAAAUGGCAACACAACAGCAAAGACAUGCAUGACAAGACCAUACUGAUUAAAAACUGAAUGUGGUGUUAGUCUUGUGCUCCGAUACCUAGUCCCUUGCAGCUGUCUCAGGCACCAACAAUCACAUCAUAAUCACAAAUUUUAAUCUUGUGUCUGGUAAUCUAAUUUAUAAAAGAUCUUAAAAUAAAAAGGCAGAAAAAAA